UCUUGGGAGACAGAUUUGUGGAACUCGGAGCGACUGGCAGCAUCUGACUAUAACGGUGGACGUAGCGUUUGAUGUGUUGGAUGCAAUUUCGGCCUUCAUAAGAAGCAAGACUCCAAAGUGGAGAUCCUCUGUUUGGGUUCGGGGAGCGGAUUACCUAUCCAUAUGAUAUGUUAGAGUAGGGUAAACCGUCUGAGAUACAGGGCGUACACAGUGCAAUCAAGACAGGAGCCAACCGGCUGUUCCGUCGUCAGCUAGCCCAUUAACCCAGAAAUCCAAGCAUUUUCCAUAGCUCCGUUAGCUUGCGGUGAAGCUCAGCACUUUGGUCCGAUCUGGAAGACUUUGUGGAUUUUGCCGAUGGAGUCAAAUACUUUGCACCGUAUUUCGAUAAAAUAACGCUGACCCGAGUCAUGCAAUUGUUUCAUUGCUUAGGAGGAAAAUCUCCAACCCGUGCGGUCUGGUCUCUGGUUCCUGUUGAGCUAGCCCGCUAGCUGGCUAGCCCGCUCACCGGGAUAUCUGUACCAGAGAAGGUGGGGCGGGCGAACUUGGAGUCUUGACUGGCCGACGCUUUUAUCUUCAUCGCAUUUGGGACAUACGUUUCCAGUGUCAACGACCUGCAAUAAUAACUCAUACAUUAAUUUAGUGUGCACAUCCGAAACCAUUGCUCCCGCUUUUGCACCAUGGCGGACGACGAUGUGCUUUUCGAGGAUGUCUACGAGUUGUGUGAAGUGAUUGGCAAGGGACCCUUUAGUGUGGUGCGCCGCUGCAUCAACAGGGACACGGGCCAACAGUUUGCUGUAAAGAUCGUCGACGUGGCCAGCUUCACCUCUAGCCCUGGCCUCAGCACUGAAGAUCUGAAGCGAGAGGCCAGCAUCUGCCAUAUGCUGAAACAUGCACACAUUGUGGAGCUGCUGGAGACAUACAGCUCUGAUGGCAUGCUCUACAUGGUGUUUGAAUUUAUGGAUGGAGCUGAUCUCUGUUUUGAAAUCGUGAAGAGAGCUGAUGCUGGAUUUGUGUACAGUGAGGCUGUGGCCAGCCACUACAUGAGGCAGAUUUUGGAGGCACUUCGCUACUGCCACGACAACAAUGUGAUACAUCGUGAUGUCAAGCCCCACUGUGUGCUACUGGCCUCGAAGGAGAAUUCUGCUCCAGUCAAACUCGGCGGCUUUGGAGUGGCAAUACAACUGGGAGAGUCGGGCCUGGUUGCUGGAGGUCGUGUUGGCACUCCCCACUUCAUGGCUCCGGAGGUUGUCAAGAGAGAGCCAUACGGCAAGCCAGUGGAUGUGUGGGGAUGCGGGGUGAUCCUCUUCAUCCUCCUUUCUGGCUGCCUGCCGUUCUAUGGCACAAAGGAUCGCCUUUUUGAGGCCAUCAUCAAGGGAAAAUAUAAGAUGAAUCCCCGCCAGUGGGCCCACAUCUCAGAGAGUGCCAAAGACCUAGUGAGACGCAUGUUAAUGCUGGACCCUGCAGAAAGGAUCACCGUUUACGAGGCUCUCAACCACCCCUGGCUGAAGGAGAGGGACAGGUAUGCCUACAAGAUCCACCUUCCUGAAACGGUGGAACAGCUCAGGAAAUUCAACGCCAGGAGGAAGCUGAAGGGUGCAGUGUUGGCUGCUGUGUCAAGCCACAAGUUUAAUUCCUACUAUGGUGACCCUCCUGAGGAGCUUCAUGACUUUUCAGAUGACCCAACCGCCUCAGGACUGCUAGCUGCAGAAACAGGGGCAGUGUCACAGGUUUUGGACAGUCUCGAGGAGAUUCAUGCUUUGACAGACUGUAGUGAAAAAGAUAUGGACUUUCUCCACAGUGUCUUCCAGGAUCAAAAUCUUCACACCCUGUUAGAUUUGUACGACAAAAUUAACACCAGGUCGUCUCCACAAAUUCGAAAUCCUCCUAGUGAUGGAGUGCAGAGAGCCAAAGAGGUACUGGAGACAAUCUCUUGUUAUCAAGACAACAUAGAGGCCAAGGAGCUCAGAAGGAUCCUCACACAACCACACUUCAUGGCUCUGCUACAGACCCACGAUGUGGUAGCCCAUGAGGUCUACAGUGACGAGGCGCUUAGAGUGACCCCCCCGCCCACGUCCCCUUACUUGAACGGAGACUCACCAGACAGCAGCAACGGAGACAUGGACCUGGAGAACGUUACCAGAGUCCGUCUGGUCCAGUUCCAGAAGAACACCGAUGAGGCCAUGGGCAUUACGCUGAAAAUGAACGAGCUCAACCAUUGCAUUGUGGCCCGGAUCAUGCAUGGUGGAAUGAUUCAUCGGCAAGGGACCCUGCAUGUAGGAGAUGAAAUCAGAGAGAUUAAUGGUAUCAGUGUUGCCAAUCAAACAGUGGAACAGCUCCAAAAAAUGCUUAGGGAGAUGAGGGGAAGCAUCACGUUCAAGAUAGUACCGAGUUACCGGUCCCAGUCCAAGUCUUGUGAGAAGGAGUCACCAGAUUUGUCUCAACAUUUGGCUGCUAAUGGUCAUGCAAGUGUCACCAGCUCCAUCCAGGAUCUGCCAGCAACAAUUCCGCCCAAAGCUCGUCAGAUCUCCAGACCUGCUAUCCAGGACAAAUUGUCCAUCAAGAUCUAUGUUCGUGCUCAGUUUGAGUAUGACCCGGCAAAAGAUGACCUCAUACCUUGUAAGGAAGCAGGAAUUCGUUUCAGGGUGGGUGACAUCAUUCAGAUUAUCUCCAAGGAUGACCACAAUUGGUGGCAGGGAAAGCUAGAGAAUACCAAGAAUGGCACAGCAGGCCUCAUCCCUUCCCCAGAGCUGCAGGAGUGGCGUGUGGCAUGUAUAGCCAUGGAGAAGACCAAACAGGAACAGCAAGCCAGUUGCACGUGGUUUGGCAAAAAGAAGAAACAGUAUAAAGACAAGUACUUGGCCAAGCACAAUGCAGUGUUUGACCAACUAGACCUGGUGACAUAUGAGGAAGUGGUCAAGCUGCCUUCCUUCAAGAGGAAAACACUGGUUUUGCUUGGUGCGCACGGAGUAGGCAGGAGGCACAUCAAGAACACGCUUAUCACGAAACAUCCGGAUCGCUUUGCCUACCCCAUCCCUCACACAACUCGGCCUGCGAAGAAAGAUGAGGAAAAUGGAAAGAACUACUACUUUGUGUCUCAUGACCAGAUGAUGCAGGACAUCAGCAACAAUGACUACCUGGAAUAUGGCAGCCAUGAAGAUGCCAUGUACGGAACCAGGCUGGAAACUAUUAGGCAGAUCCACGCUCAGGGCAUGAUCUCCAUUCUGGAUGUUGAGCCACAGGCACUAAAGAUUCUCAGAACCGCAGAGUUUGCUCCCUAUGUUGUCUUCAUCGCAGCUCCCACUAUCACGCCAGGCCUCACGGAGGUUCCCAAGUGGUGUCGCAAGCUGCCUGAUGACUCCCUGCAGCGGCUCCAGAAAGAGUCGGAGAUGCUGCAGCAGACGUACACGCACUACUUUGACCAGACCAUCAUCAACAACGAGAUAGACGACACCCUGCGCCUGUUAGAAGAGGCUGUGGAGCUGGCGUGCAACACCCCUCAGUGGGUCCCAGUGUCCUGGGUGUACUGACAGGAUGACAGCAGAAGCUCAUCUCACUGAAGCAUCCACAGCUCCUCCUGAACAGAUGUGCGACGUUGGUGCAAUCACCUGGAAAGUCAUCUGAUCAAAAUCCUGUGUUGUGUAGAUGAAGUUACAAUAGGGCGAGAAAUAACUGUGCCACCUCAUGAGGACUACACUCUGGCCCUUUUUGUGUUUCAUUGGCCUUGAAGGCCUUAAUGUGUACAUAUAUACAUGAUCUAUCUGCAAUGAUAUCAAUGCUAAAAAAUGUUAGGUGAAUAUAGUUCUGUGCUUACAUAGUUGACGGCUGCGUGGGGUGUGUGUUCUAUAUUUUGUACAUUUCUUUUCAACGUAAUGGAUGACUGAUAACACUGACAAGGCAAUAGAAAGCAAGCCCUUAAGCAAGUGUGCAUGGGUGGGUCCUCAAAGGCACUCGAUGUGGAACCCAUGUGCCCAAACCAGUUGAACUUUGAAGCACAUCAGAAGCUGCCACAGUGUGCACAAGUCAGUCGCUGGACACCAAACUUAACAAAAAGCACAGGAAACUUGGCAGUUUCGUUCUCCAGCCUCUUAUUUAUUCCACCGUUUUGUCAACUCGCCUCUUGUAUCCCGUGUCCCUCCCCAACCUAUGAUCGUCUUUGUUUACAUCGGAAUUUGCACAAAAAAGACAAUGAUCAUCUUGUCGGCUCACACAUUUUGGUGCGCGAGUAGCCUGCUCCUCCCCGCACGGAGCGCAGUCUGUGAUCCUGUAGGUACAUCCAGCACUCAAGUGGAAGAAAAAAAAAAUGAAGUAAAAUUUAAAUGUACUGCCUUAAUGAGGCAUGGGGAAGAAGUUUGUAACAUCUAUGCACACCCCCAGUUUCCCUUGGGCAGACUGCCAGGGCCAUUGUUUUACUCUAUUGUAUUACUACUAAUGUGCUAGAGGAGGGUCAAACUUCAUGUAGGUUGGACGUCUCAGAUGUUAGAGCCGAUGUUUUGGAACUUAACAUUUGUGUUUAUAUAUAUAUAUAAAAAAAAAAAAAAAAUACAAGUAUUCUUGUUUUGAGGGUGAGUAAACGAGUAAAAAUUUUGUGUAAAUGUUUCAAUGGUAUGUCAUUUGCGUGACCUACAGAGAGCCAGUGUUUAAUAAUGUUGAAAAGAUGCUCUGUGUGUAACAUGUUGACGCUUUACCAGAAGUAGCACAGCGCUUCCCCGUCACACACACGUGACGUCAUCAUGAUUAUUUUCGAGAGUACAGUUGCUUUUGUGCCUCUUCGUGUUCUCAUUUUAAGUCGUGUGUAAAUGACUUCUGUAAAUGUCAAAGCAGCUCUUGUGUAUGACGUUUUUUUGUUAUUUCAUUUUGUAAAG